UAUUCUUUUUAGUUAAUCAUUCCCAAAAUGGCUACAAGAAAGAGCUUCCAAUUCCUUGCAUCAAUGGAACUAAAAACUAGCUCUGAUGAUCUCCAAUUUGAGUUUGAUGAAUCUGACAUAUGGGAUAACACUACUAAUGUUGUUUCUCAUCACUCUGAGCCCAAAAGGUUGAUACCUACUCCGCGUUUCUCACGAAAAUCACCAUCACCAUCACCAUCAUCACCACCAUCACCAUCACCAGCAAGAUCGUUGCCCGUGAACAUACCGGAUUGGUCAAAAAUCCAAGGUGAUAAGAACAAGAAUGAGGAUAUUCAAGACAAGGAGGAAGUGGAUAUUCAAGACAAGGAGGAAGUGGAUGCUGAUGAUACCUGGAUUCCACCUCAUGAAUAUUUGGCUAAGAAAAGAGGGGCUUCAUUUUCAGUGUGUGAAGGUGUGGGAAGGACACUCAAAGGAAGGGAUUUGAGUAGGCUGAGGGAUGCUAUUUUGAAACAAACAGGUUUUAUAGAUUAGCAAACUGACAUUUCGCGAGGUGGUACUUGUUAUGUUUCAUCAGUAUAGAUAUCGAAUAGAUCGAUAUCAUUUAUGAGAACUAAUAUAAUAUUUAAUAAUGUUAUUGAUCGUUAGGUCAAAU